AUGGGAAACUUGCUACAGUCGUUAAAAGAAUACGUCUACAAUCGGCGAGAGCAAUCGGGGCGUGUACCAGUUCAUUUAAAUAGGUUCGAUCCGCGGAAAGAAAGAACUCGUAAUACCUCACCACCAACAACUAGUCGAUCAGCUGAACGUUUUAUUCAAUCGAAGGAGAGGGAUAAUCAAUCAUGUUUUGGAGAAACUGUUCAUCCGUCAUUAGAAACAAGACCAAUUUGUAUACCUUGUGCGGAAGCGGCGAUAACGAAUGAUAAAUCACUUUCUGCAAGAUAUCUUUAUCCAGAUCCACAUGCAUUUAAGCACCAUUCUGCAUCUGGUGGAAGUGGAGUGAGAGAAGAGCCAGAAAAUACGAAUUUUUGUUCAUGGGAAGAAUGCAGUCCAUUCUACCGAGCAUGUCGGGAAAAUAAAAUUGAUGAUGUUAAAGAAUUUCUUAGAACAAUGACACCAGAGGAAAUUGAUAAAAUGGAACCAAAUGGUAGUACAGCGUUACAUGUGGCAUGCUAUUAUGGAAAUAUAGAAAUUGUUAGAUUACUAUUAGAUGCUGAUGCCGAUAGAGGCAUAACAAAUAAAUUUAAAUGUUUACCGUAUGAUGAAGCAGCCACUGACGAAAUUAAAGCUCUGUUUAUCCGUGUACCAACGAGUAAUCGUUUGGUAUCGAACACAGGUGCUGUAGAAUGGGUAUUAAUUGAUGAUGAUGUUUUGGAAAAAGCAGCUGAAGAUCGUGGAUUGAUAAAAUAUGCAUAUGAUACAAAUAUAUCAAAUAUUGAUAAAAUGUUUGAUAGAAUACAAAAAAAUUAUGUUGAUAAAGUCUUACGUAAUAGUCGUGGUAUUGAUGGUAUUAAACGGUAUUUUGAAGUGGCGAAACGUGAGAAAAAUCCAAUACAUAUUGUUAAAGCAUAUACAGCUGAAACAGAUUUUUAUUCAUUAUUAAAUAUUGAAUUAGCUGGUGGUUCAAGUAUUGGUCAAUAUGAACGACGUUAUAUUCUUGCUUUAUUAAUGUAUCAUCCAGUGUUUGAAAAAUUUUCAUAUGCCGGUUUGGCUUAUAGAGGUAUGAUGUUAACGGAAACAGAUGUUGAACAAUAUUUAGUUGGGUGUAGUUUAAUGAUGAAAUCAUUUUUAUCAUCAUCAAUUGAUCGUAAAAUAGCUGAAGCAUUUCUAUUACAAUAUGAAAACAUGCAAUCAUCUAUUGGUUUAACACCGCGAUUAAGAGCAAGUGGAAAAUUAGUGAAAUUUUCGGCCAUCUGUACCUAUCUUAUACGACAUAGACGUACAGGACUUUAUAUUGAAGAAUUAUCACAAUAUGCAAAUGAAGGUGAAGUAUUAAUUAUGCCUCAUACAGUUUUUAAAGUUAAAAAGGUUGAUUGGAAAGAAAAUUUGAUUAAUAUUUUAUUAGAAGAAUGUGAUCCUUAUCAGUCAAAACAGUAA